UUCUCAAGCUUCUUUCUUGGGAGUUGGGUUAAUGGAAAUAUGUAACCUUUUACUCCCUAUAUUGAAUUCAGUAUUAUAAUCUUUUGAAUUAGUAUAUCAUCAAUGUACCAAGCAUCAAAAUUCAAAACCAAUAUUCUAUUAUUUAAACCAACAGGUGACAUGGCUAAAAGUUGCUUGCACACCGGACAAAACUGAUCACUAAAGCAGCCUAAUGCCUAACUAAGCAUUCGCAUCCAAGGCAAGCUAAACUAAUUUAAAAUGUUGCUUGAAUGUUUUGAUCAUAUUCUCUGGAAUAUGAAAUAUUUUAAUGUUGCCAUGAUUUUAUGUACUUUUACAGGUAACAUAUGACAGAAUCAGAAUAAGGGAGCUUGUGUUUCUUGAGGCAAUACAAAGGUUUCUUUGAAAAGGAAAGUAACUAAGUUUGGUAAAUGUUUUGAAUAGCCAGAAAUGCAAGAUCUUCUCUGGUUUAAAGUGUUCAAUUAAUCAAGUCCUCCCAUGUUUGUUCUCUGCCCUUUUACUUUUCUAAAUACAGAUAGAAAUGAUUAUAAUUAGUUAAUCACCAUUGAUGUUUCCUAUUUUUAACACUAUAACUUUGUUAAAUACACACCUUUUUUCUUUAUCCUCCUCUUUUGAAUAAUCUAUUCUCCUCUAAUUGAGGACUAUAAACCCCAAUUUUUAAAAAUAAAAAAAAAAUUGAAAAUUGGAAAAAAAAAUCUAUAUUCUCCUUAGGCUAUUACCAUUUUGGUUAGACUAUUGGAGUUAUUUGUAUUUUUAUUCCAAGUAUUAUUAGAUAUAUGAUAUAUGAUACAUUCCACCCAUUAUUUUUUUCAUUUCUUGUGUACAUAUAUGAUAUUUUCCACCCAUUGGACAAUUAAGAAAUGGAACAACAAAUGAGAAGGCAUGAAAAUAUCCUAGAGGAGCUUAAUGAGGAAAGAAAGAUCAAAGGGCAGAUGAACAAUGCAGAGGUGGACAUCUUGAAGGAAUCCCUUCAAAACAUAGAAAAACCCGGAUCUUUAGAAUCGAAAAUUUUGUUGGAAGAGAUUGAUAUUCUAAAGAACGAGCUGAAGCAGGCGAUGGAAGCAGAAGUUACGAGCAAAAGGGCUAUGGAUGAACUUGCGGUGGCAUUAAAAGAAAUUGCAACGGAAUCCAACCAGGCUAAGGAGAAGCUAACAUAUACAGUGCAACAUCUUGAAGCAGCGAAGGAAGAAGCUUCCAUUUUGAAAGCAAUGGUUAAAAGAAAUGAAGAGAAUUACACUUCACUCUUGAAAGAAUCAAAAAAACAAAAUGAUCACUUGAAAAAUACAAUUACAAGGUUAAGAUUAGAGGCAGAAGAGUCUCUUUUGGCCUUCAAUGAAAAGGAAAUUCAAUUUGUGAACUGCAUUAAGAAAACAGAAGAGGAGAAAUAUAGUGCCCAAGAGGAAUGCAUUAAACUGGCCAAGUCUUUGAAAGAGGCGGAAGAGAUAAGCGAAAAAGCGAAGGAUGAUAACAAGAAAUUGAGAGAUAUACUUGAGCAAGCUCUGAAUGAAGCAAACGUGGCUAAAGACGCUGCUAGUCUUGCUCAAACCGAGAAUUAUUUUCUCAAGGACUCUCUUAUAGAGAAAGAUCGACACAUUGUCGCCCUUGUGCAGGAAACUGAGCGCCUCAAAAGGGUAAUCACAUCAGGAUCUAAAAAGGAGAUUGCAAAACUCGAGAAAGAGAACAAAGAGAAGGAUAGCAAAGAGCUGAAAAGGGUGGCAAAAAAGGAAAGUGUAAUUGUAGAAAACACAGAGAAGGAACCUAAAGAAGGCAGGAGAUUGAGUAAUGCAUUUACUUUUGAUCUUCACCAUCUUUGGCCUUCUAAUCAUGGUAUCGGUAUGGCAUGUAAGUCGAGCAAGGAUUUUGAUGGAGAUAUCGAGGAGGAGGAUGUUCGGUUGGAUUCAAUUUUCGACGUUGUCGAGUACCCAGUAAGGGAUAUGUCAUCCUUUCAUCAUCGGAGGAAUUCAUCAGUUGGCAGCAGUGAAGAUAAUCUACAUCUAGAUCAUUUUGAUGAUGAUGCACAUUAUGAUGAUUUGGAGAUGGAGAGGAGCUCAUUUGGGAAGAGUAAAGCUCUGCUUAAGAGAUUUAGUGAUCUUUUACGAAGGAGAAACUCUCACUCGCCAAAAGAUGUACCGAAUUCACCCAAGGAAAUGCCAACGUAGCUAAAUCUCUGAAAAUGUCAUAAUUUAGCUUAGUAGCUUCAGUAUCUGUUUAUACAUGUUUUAGGUUGCUGAUUUUGUUGAUAACAUUUUAUGGGGUGACUUCAAAAAAAAGCUUAUAUGUAAAUUUUGGAACAUAUAAAGCUUAGCACCCUGUAAUAUUCUACGCAAAUACUUAUAUCUUCUUAACAUUUGGGCAGCUAAAGUGUCUUUUAUGUUUUAUUCCUUUUCUUUUUUCUUUUUCCUGUCAAUGUUGUGAUUAUGUGUUUCUCCUUUGAAUCAAUUAUUCAAUUACAUGUUGUCAAUCGUUUAGUGAAUUUCGAAACCAAAUUCCGGUACAAUCAGACAUCUGUAUGUAGUUUAUGUAGGCUGAGGGAGGUGAGAGUUAGGUGAGAAUCAAUCCUAAAACCUUGCCUGAGAAAGACAAUUUUUGCUCCAAUUGAGGAAAAACCCUUCUCAAAGGAAGACGGGCUCGUCAUUCUUAAGACAGGCUCUAAUUCCAAAAAAUUGUGCACGUAUUUGACUGAUAAGACUAGUUUAUUAGUUAAAGCAUGUCGAGUUUUAUGUAAGUAUAGCAGUGUGUGCAGCAUUUUCAAGCUCCCCUAAAGCCCAAUCUCCGGUCCAAUUGGAACGAAAACUACAAUACUUAAUGGUAAUGGGUAUUAUUAUUCAUCGCUAUCCUUUUCAUUUUAUCGCCACUUCCUAAUAAAAUUACGAAUUUGCCUCUGGACUUUAAAAAAUUACGAAUUUGUCAUUGGACUUAAAAUUUGUUCAACAAAUGUAAAUCUCACUUAAUAACACUAUUAUCACUU